AUGGAAGAUGCUCCUGUUUUCUAUGGCUUUAAAAACAUUUUUAUUACAAUGUUUGCUACCUUUUUUUUCUUUAAGCUUUUAAUUAAAGUUUUUUUGGCUCUCCUAACCCAUUUCUAUAUCGUCAAAGGAAAUAGGAAAGAAGCAGCUAGGAUAGCAGAAGAGAUCUAUGGUGGAAUUUCAGAUUGCUGGGCUGAUCGAUCCCCACUUCAUGAAGCUGCAGCUCAGGGGCGCUUACUGGCCCUUAAAACUUUAAUUGCACAAGGUGUCAAUGUGAACCUCGUGACAAUUAACCGGGUGUCUUCUCUCCACGAGGCAUGCCUUGGAGGUCACGUGGCCUGUGCCAAAGCCUUGUUGGAAAAUGGUGCACACGUCAAUGGAGUGACAGUUCACGGAGCCACGCCCCUCUUCAAUGCUUGCUGCAGCGGCAGUGCUGCAUGUGUCAAUGUGCUGCUGGAGUUUGGAGCCAAGGCCCAGUUUGAGGUGCACCUGGCCUCGCCCAUCCAUGAGGCAGUGAAGAGAGGUCACAGAGAGUGCAUGGAGAUCCUGCUGGCAAAUAAUGUUAACAUUGACCAUGAGGUGCCUCAGCUUGGAACUCCCCUGUAUGUGGCGUGCACCUACCAGAGGGUAGACUGUGUGAAGAAACUUCUAGAAUUAGGAGCCAGUGUCGACCAUGGCCAGUGGCUGGACACCCCACUCCAUGCUGCAGCAAGGCAGUCUAAUGUGGAGGUCAUCCACCUGCUAACCGACUAUGGAGCUAACCUGAAGCGUAGAAAUGCUCAGGGCAAAAGUGCGCUUGAUCUGGCGGCUCCAAAAAGCAGCGUGGAGCAGGCGCUCUUGCUCCGUGAAGGCCCACCUGCUCUCUCCCAGCUCUGCCGCCUGUGUGUCCGGAAGUGUCUCGGUCGAGCAUGUCAUCAAGCCAUCCACAAGCUACGUCUGCCGGAGCCACUUGAACGAUUCCUCCUAUACCAAUAG